AUUAUAUUCCUGAAUUGUACAUCAUACCAUAUCAUGUAGUAUAUUAUAGUAUGGCAUUGUAUCGUAUGGUAUGGUAUCGUAUAGCAUAGUACAGUAUAGUAUAGUAUAUUCUUCCACUGUAAUCUCGCUGACUUCGUUUACUAUAGGAAUUGACCUGGCAUUACACUGAGCUGCAUGAUGACGGACACUGUCUUCCUGGGCCUGUUCUUCCUCAGCUGCUUAUCACACGUAGAAUGUACGCCUAAAGCAGCUUGCAACGAAACAGACGCUUGCCAACCAGUGACGGAAGAGUGUGUCAAUGGAGUUUGUGAAUGUCAAAAGAAUCACGAUAUAGAACUCACCGCUGGUCUUGAAAUUCUACGCAACCCAGCGCCGGCAUGUACACCAGACUGUGAAGAUAACAAAUUGUGCAUUGACGGCCAUUGUCACUGUGACCGCGGAAGGGUUUACGUCAGUGACAGAUGCCGAUCCUUGGAAGGCUUUCGGGAAUUCUGUUCCAGUUCCGCAUUUCUCUGCGACAUCAGUGCCAACCUGUCUUGCAGCAACAGUACCUGUCUAUGUCUUGAGACUCACUGGUUUGAUCCUGACACUAACAGCUGCAGGCAUAAAAAUGAAUUCCUGGCCGAAUACAAUGUCACAGAAUAUAAAGUCCACCCGGGAAUUUAUUGCCGAACAUCUGAUGACUGUAUAACUGGGCUUCAUUGCAAAAACUUCUUCUGCAAAUGUCCGAAGUCCUGUGAAUAUAAGCGGGACAAGGAAGUGUGUGACUGCGGAGAGGCCGAAGUGAGUGUAACUUGGCCAAUCAUCGUUGGCAUAUUGCUUGGAAUUAUAAUCAUCUGGUUUUGGGUGAAAGCUGUUCUUGUCACUUUGCCGGAUUAAACAGUAAAUGAGUGUGGUAGCACUUUUGUGCAUACUUGCUGUACAUCUGUAUGCACACCUGUGUACACUGGUCAGGGAGGGUUGUUUUAUAUAUAUAUAUAUAUAUAUAUGUGUGUGUGUGUGUGUGAGUGUGUGUGUGUGUGUGUGUGUGUGUGUGUGUGUGUGUCUGUGUGUGUGUGUGUGUGUGU